AUGCCGCCGUCUGGGAAAAAAGUUCCUGUGACGGUUCUCACCGGAUUCCUGGGAUCUGGCAAAACGACCCUGCUGAACCACAUCUUGAGCGUUCGGCAUGGAUUGAAGUUCGCGAUCAUCGAGAACGAAUUUGGUGAGGUCGGCGUCGAUGAGCACGUCAUCAAGGAGGAUUCUGAAGAGCAAAUCAUCGAGGUGAUGAAUGGCUGCAUCUGCUGCACGGUGCGGGGCGAUUUGGUGAAGGUGUUGAAACGACUCCGCGACAGGCUGGACACUUUUGACGGCGUUAUCAUUGAGACCACUGGAAUGGCCGACCCAGCACCAGUUGCUCAAACCUUCUUUGUCGACCCCGAGAUACAGAAAGAUUACCACCUGGACAGCAUUGUCACUGUCGUUGACAGCAAGCAUGUGCUCCAACAUCUCACGGAGGAGAAGCCCGAAGGUGUCGAAAACGAGAGCGUCGAGCAGAUCGCAUUCGCGGACAAGAUUAUCCUCAACAAGACCGAUCUGGUGGACGAUGCGCAGUUGGCAGAGGUUGUGGCUGAAGUGAAGAAGAUCAACAGCUCCGCCGAGAUGAUCAAGGCGCAGCACAGCCAGGUGGACCCGGCAAAGCUGCUGGGCAUCAACGCCUUCUCCUUGGACCGUGUGCUUGAGAUGGACCCCGAAUUCAUGGACACGGAGGGCGAGCAUCAGCACGACAACAGCAUUAGCUCGAUUAGCUGGAAGUUCGAAGGGGAGGUGAACGUGAACAAGCUCGAGAGGUGGAUCCGCGAGAUGUUGCGAACCAAGGCUACGGACAUGUUCCGCUACAAGGGCAUGUUAGCGGUGAAGGGCAUGGAGGCAAAGUACCUGUUCCAGGGUGUGCACAUGCUCUUCAACGGCGGCUUCGAAGGGGGCUACAAGUGGAAGGAGGGCGAGAAGCGGGAGUGCCGCUUUGUGUUCAUCGGCCGCAACCUGGACAAAAACCUCCUGGAGAAGAAGUUCAUGGACUGCAAGGUCACCUCUGAGGUGAGGUUCAAGGUCGGCGACAGGGUGGAGGCCAAUGUGUCCGGAGGCUCCACAGGCUGGAUGAAAGGGACGAUCUUGGCAAUCUGGGACGACGGAAACCCCUACCGUAUCCGCUUGGACGAUGGCGACGAGGUGUGGGGUCCGGAUGAUUCGGAUGAGUUUGUGCGAUCCGUGCCCUCAGGAGCUCCGGCGCCCAGGCCAGUUACCUACGCGGCUCCGGCGCAGGCCUACGGAGCUGCUCCCGCUCCUGCUUACCGAACUCCAGCCACUAGCUCUGUCACUUACGCGGCUCCGGCGCCCGGCGCCGCCGCCCCCUACGCAGCUGCUAACAUGCCUGCCUACAGAGCUCCGGUCGCCGGGCCCGUCUCUUACGCGGCUCCAGUGCCUGGCAACGCCGCCCUCUGCGGGGCUGCUCCCGCCACUGCCUACAGAGCUCCAGUAGCCAGUCCAGUCGCCUACGCGGCUCCGGCGCCUGGGACUGCCGCCCCCUACGGAGCUCCAGUGGCUUACAGAGCUCCGGCGACCAGCCCAGUCGGCUACGCGGCUCCGGCGCCUGGCGCCACGGCCCCGUACGGAGCUCCGGGGCCUGUUCGCCAAAUGGUGGCCGGAGGGUACAGGUGA